AAGUUCUAAAUCAAACCCCCAAGAGUUUUGACUUAUUUGCACAACUGUUACUGUUAGAAAUCGAAUCAAACAGAGAGCAAGAAAAUCCCCAAAUCUGAACCCUAAAAAAUGGAGAAGAUAUGGGGAAAGACGUGGGCUUUGAUGGGUCUGCUUCUUUUGAAUUCGGUGUUUAACGUUUCAUCGCUUUCGGUGACCGUAAACGACGUCGAAUGCGUGUACGAGUAUGUGAUCUACGAAGGAGACACGAUUUCCGGCAACUUUGUCGUCGUUGACCACGACAUUUUCUGGGGCUCCGACCACCCUGGCAUCGAUUUCACUGUGACUUCUCCUGGGGGUAAUACAGUUCACAGUUCGAAGGGGACAUCCGGGGACAAGUUCGAAUUCAAGGCCCCACGAAGUGGAAUGUACAAAUUUUGUUUUCACAAUCCCUACUCUACACCAGAGUCUGUUUCUUUCUAUAUUCACAUCGGCCACAUUCCCACUGAGCAUGAUCUUGCCAAAGACGAACAUUUGGACCCAAUUAAUGUUAAAAUCGCUGAGCUGAGAGAGGCUUUGGAGUCUGUUACAGCAGAACAGAAGUAUUUGAAAGCUCGUGAUACCCGGCAUCGUCAUACAAAUGAGAGCACAAGAAAGCGAGUUAUAGGAUACGCAGUUGGAGAGUACAUUCUGCUAACUCUAGUUAGUACACUUCAAGUUAUCUAUAUCCGCCAUCUCUUCAGCAAAUCAGUCGCAUACAAUCGAGUUUGAGCUACUUGAUGGCCGAGUACUAAUUUCAUUUGUUUUUCAGUAUCCAGAGGAUCAUAGGGAAAAUCCUAUAUACGAGUUUACAAACAUUAUGCAACCAAACUUUUUGUUGUUGUAUGUUUCUAUUGAAGUCUUGUACUUUAAUUUCAGUGUAGACUGACAUUUAAU